GCUCUUUCAUAAACAAUACCUUAUCUGAGUGAAUGCUCGUUAUCAAUAGUUUUUGAAGCGAAGCGAAUAUGGCACUUAUUUAUAUCGAUGGCAGUGAUCCAUGGCUUAUCGAAUAUGAGACUUGUGAUAAUUUAUUCAGAGAGAUAAUGGAACUACUAACGCUAAGAGAUCAAGAACCAAAAACAUCUCAGACCUUUGCCAACCUUUCUGCAAAUAUACGAAUGAGAUUAAAGCAGUAUAAUAAUCAAGUGCAAGAACUGAAAAGCAAAGUUAUUGAAGCUAACAGACAACAUACCAUAACAGCCGAGGAAGCUGAACGUCGGACAAGACAAAUAGAGCAGCUGCAAAGUAAGGAUAUUCAACUUCAGCAAUUAUAUGAAUCAAAAACAAAAGAAAUGGCAUUGUGGCGAUCACAGCUCUUGGAACUAACAUCUUCCUCUGUUUUUGCUGAUGGAGGUUCUACAAGUUGGGGUAUAGACGAUGAUGAAGUUGAUCAACCAAAUACUGGCAAUGUAAAUGUAGCUGACCUUGAGCAUCAAAAUCAGCAACUACUUGAACAACAAGAAGAAGGCCUGGAACAAUUAUCAAAAAUAAUUUCCAGACAAAAACAAAUUGCUCGGACUAUACAUAAUGAAGUAGAUAAUCAUAAUGAAAUAAUAGAAGAUUUAGCAGAUCAUAUGGAUAAAAUGGAUCAACAUCUCAUUAACGAAACCCACACUGUUAGAGUAAUUGGACAAAAAGAUAAAGUAUGGGGUUAUUGGCUGAUUAUUAUUUUAUUAUUUAUUAGUAUUAUUGUCUGUGCUUUGGUGUGAUAAUUAUAAUAUCAAUUUAUAUAUAUAUAUAUAUAUAUAUAUAUAUAUAUAUAUAGAAAUGUUCACCAUAUUUACAGUACAUUUAUGACUUUUUAUACAUUUUAUAAUGUACUGUGUUUAUCUGUGAUGAUAGCUUUCGAGAGACACAUUUUGUAAAUAUAAAUAUUAUUGUUAAAAAAUU